UGUCAGCGGACAAGCGUGACAACCGGGGGGGGCGUAAGCACCGUCCAAGAAAAAGAGGCACUCGUUCACAUCGUGAAGAAACUCCUGCGUCUGAAGGCGACGAGGAGGGCAAGGACGGGGGACCUGACAGCUUAGAUGGGUCGGCAGGCAAGCGCGCAGGCCAACGCGGUAGAGGUUAUGACCGUAGCUGUAAGGUUGCGGCGGAUCCUGACAGUUUAUCAGGCCGCCAAGAAAUGGCAAUGGCGCGCGGCGAUGAGCAGAAACAUGCCAAGCCUGAAGCUCGUGGUGGUGGAGAGCGCAACGGCGGCAGGGCUGCCGCGGCUAAGGGCGGUCCCUCGGGCAGACAGUCGCAGGAUGCGGAUGGUGGCGACGAGGGGGAUAAUGCCGAGCCUGAAGCUCGUGGUGGUGGAAAGCGCAACGGCGGCAGGGCUGCCGCGGCUAAGGGCGGUCCCUCCGGCAGGCAGUCGCAGGAUGCGGAUGGUGGCGACGAGGGGGAUCAUGCCGAGCCUGAAGCUCGUGGUGGUGGAAAGCGCAACGGCGGCAGGGCUGCCGCGGCUAAGGGCGGUCCCUCGGGCAGGCAGGCGCAGGAUGCGGAUGGUGGCGACGAGGGGGAUCAUGCCGAGCCUGAAGUCCAUGUUGGUGGAAAGCGCAACGGCGGCAUGACUGCCGCGGCUAAGGGCGGUCCCUCGGGCAGGCAGUCGCAGGAUGCGGAUGGUGGCGACGAGGGGGAUCAUGCCGAGCCUGAAUGCCGUGGCGUUAACGAUCGUGAUGAGGACGAGCCAGCAGCAGUGACUGAUGGGAAAGAAAAUGGACGUGAAGCUGUGAUUCCUUACAAACGGCGCAAUGCUGUGGACCGGGGCAGUCGCGACCGUAAGGCGAGACAAGCUCGGCAAGGCCCCAAUGUGCACGUUUCGAGCUCGUCUAGUUCCGAGGAAGGAUCCAGCGACAGUGAGUCGGGCAGCUCAUCCGGGAGUGAGGAGGUAUACGAGAAUGAGGAUGAGGAGGAGGAGGACGAGGAGGAUGAGGAGUUGGAGCCGGAGAGCGAGGAUGGGGAGGAGGCUCGGCCUUUGAAGAGGAGGAGUGUGCGGAAGCUCAAGAAGGGCAACGGAAAGCGAAAAUCGGAGAGGGGACGGGUGAAGAGCUGUAAACAGAGUGUGCGUCGUGCCAAACCACAUGGCAAGCGCCAGAGACCUCGUUUCGAAGCUAGAAUUGUGGGUGUGCGUAGCAAGGCGAAGCGGGAGUUGGACUUUUACGAGUCCAUGGGGCUACGAUGUCCAUCAAGCUCUCAUGAUCGAAAAGCCGCGGACCCGUACGCUGUGUUACGCGAGCCGAUGGAUUCGGCUGGGAAGGGAGAUCCGAUGGCUUGGGGGUCAGCGCGGUUUGGCAGGGAAGCGACGGACCCGCCUGCAAAGCAUACGGGGGAUCACGCGGUUCAUGUGAAAAUCGAGGGGGCAACGAAGCGGUACGAACCGUCGGCCGCUGCAGCAGCCAAUGACGGUGUGGGAGGAGGUGUGUGGGCGAAUGCCCUGGGUGAAUGUGGCGGCGGUGUGGAAGGCUCCAUGUGGGAUGUACGGGAGAGCAGGGGAGGAGGAGGAGACGCGAAAAUGGAUCCGGCGACUAAGGAGGGGAGGGGAGAGAGCAUGGGUACACCUGGCGCAUCCACUCGGCCCGAUUUGGCUGGCGGCAAGACUGUGGAGCAGCUCAUGCGAGAGCUUGCCCAGCGGGAUUGCGAAAUUGCUGCACUCAAGGCACGGGCAGGUUCCAAAGGACCUGUCAAACCCUGCACCCCUCCGUCUAGGCCUCCUCCUCUAGCGUCUCUGUCGAGCGGCCCAUCUGCAGGGGGCCUCGAUCCAGGCGUGGCGCCAGAAAGCCCAGCGACGGUCGACGUACCGGUCCGUCGAUUGCGUGGGAUGCCCACACCCAAGCUGCUGAAGGUUUAUUUCGCCGUGGGGCGGGACCGGAUGUGCCUAGAAUGGCCAGACGAUGCCAUAGACUUCUACCCAACGCUUGAACAGCGUCUGCAGGUUUUGUAUCAAGUUAUCAGCGAGACGCACAUCAUCAACAUGACGCAGCUGCGAGAGGCUAUGGAAGACAAAAACAUCGUCGACGUCUUUAAACGCGCUUGGACGUCAUCGAAGAACGAUCGUGGCUUCCACCUCAAGCGCAGAGUGCUCGUAACUUUCGGCAAGAAGGUGGAAGGCCUGCGUGCAGCCGAUCUUUGGAUGGGCACCAAGAAGAAGAAGAAGAUGUGGAAAAAAUACCAACCGAGAAGGAAUCAGCGGGUCAGCUCGUGGGGGAACAACAGAGAAGGGCUCCCGUUCGCCAACGGCCGAUUUGUAGAUGCGGUCCGGGAAUUAUUUCGGAAUCUCUGUGUCGGGCGCCGGGUGUGCGUCAAAGCCUACCACAUAGCCUGGUCAAUCAUGGUG